UAUGUCAAAAGUCAAAGAAAAUUCAAGAAAUUUGCGGGUAAAAUUGGUUGUUAUUGUGGUUAUUGUAUUCUGAAUUUACUGCAAAUUAAAGCGUAAUGUUCAUCGUUUCUUUCUGAAAAAUGAACGACAUACAGAACAUUAUCGACCGUCAACUUGGAAUAUACUCCCGGUUUAACUACGAUAAUGUCCUGAAACGAUUAGUGGUGCAGUCGGAGGAGUCGUUUUACGGUCUGCAGAAUGAUCCUCUAGCUGGCAACUUCGAGCAGGAUCCACCUAUAUUCGCCUGCCGAUUUUCUGAAGCCUCGGGCUACGAACACAUUCUCGCCCUCGCAAAUGAAGACGGUCGAGUUGCUACGCAGGACACGUCCACAGUGAGCAGUGCCAGCACUCUUCAGGGCUUCCAGUGCCACAACAACGCUGUGUUCGACCUCGCCUGGAUGCCUCACCACAAGAACUUCGUCACUGUCUCAGGUGAUCACACAGCCUGCCUCUGGGACGUGUCAGAGGCAUCGCCGAAACAGGUCCUCACAUUCGCGCACCACAACAAAUCUGUGAAGACCGCCGUGUUCCGGCCCUGCGAGCCCUCCGUGUUCGCCACCGGCGGCCGGGACGGACACAUUCUCGUCUGGGACAUCCGCGCCAACAACCACCCGGCGAUCGUGCUCAAGCCCGACAACUGCUUGAUGAGCUGCCACUCGAGCUUCACCCCCAAGACCCCCGGCUCGCACGGCAAGCGACCCCGCAUAGACAACCACCGGGCCAUCAGCAUCACCGGCCUCGUCUUCCAGAACGACUCGACUCUGAUCUCCUGCGGCGAGUGCGACGGCAACAUCAAAGUUUGGGAUCUGAGAAAGAACUACAACGUUUACAAGAGAGAACCGCUGCCCAAACACUCGAUACCCUACUGCGGCAGCUCCACCAAGAACGGCUACACCAACCUGGUGAUAGACGACGCCAGGGUGCGGCUCUACGCCAGCUGCAUGGACGACGUCAUCUACUGCUUCAACAUCUCCACGCACAGCGCGCUGCCGGAGCAGAGGUACGUCGGCCACGAGAACAGCACGUUCUACAUCAAAACCAGUCUGAGCCCCGACAGCUCGUAUCUGGUCAGCGGGAGUAGCGACAAAAACGCCUACAUAUGGAACGUCAAGUACUCCCAGCCCGUGGUCAAACUGACGGGCCACCGCGCCGAGGUGACCUGCGCCGCCUGGUGCCGGACGGGGGACAUGAAGGUGGUCACUUGCAGCGACGACGCCAGACAUAAAAUAUGGAGGAUAGGAGCGGAGUUUCCGGAGACGGACGUCGAGUUGAGCGGGAAGGCUGAGGUCGUCCCGCGCGCGGAGAUCACGAGCCUCCCGCAGUGGGGCGGCCUGGACCGCACGCCCAGCUCCUUGAAACGAAAAACGACGACGCCGAGCUCCUACAGCGCCAAGCGCGCGCGCGCGCAAGGCAGCAGCAGCACCAAGAAAACUAAACGCUGUCUCGCAGAUCUGAUGAACGCUUCCAAAGAAACGGACGAUGCGGAGACCACGGUCAAACGGCUCAAACUGGACAUGCCGUGCAUCCCUGAGGAGCAGCUCUUGCCCGCUGGUGUGAAACGACAGAGAUUUGCGGAACAAACUUCUGCCGAAAGUUCCACGCCUUGCAACGGCCACACGGAUCCCGACCCCUCGAAGUCUCCCGAGUGGACGUAUUACAUUCCCAAGGCGGGCUCUUCGUUCAUGUCGCCGACCAAAAGUUACGAGAGGAGGAAUUGCAAAAUACUUUCCGCCAAAAGUCCAAAAGCGAUAUCGUCGAGUACGAUACCGCACAGAACGCCCGUCAAGGUGUCCCCCACAAAGGUCAGGGUGUUGAGUUUCACGACGCCGACGAAGAAUCUACCCAACUUCGUGAUGGACGGCGAGGCGCCUCACCUGAAACUGAUGUCGCCGGUCAAGAAGAAACAGGAAACUACAGAUUGGCUUACUUUAAUGGUUCGCGAAAGAAAAGGCAAACCCGUAGAAACGGUAGAACGAGCCAGUCAAAUUGCGCCCCUGAGUCCAAAAGAAAACUUUCCGACCAGAAGGAAUUCCGUCACAGAGAAAGCUCCGAAGGCGGUUACGAAAUCAUUAACUUUACAUAAAUAUUUCAAUGUUGUAGUGAAGAAAAAUGGCGUAAUUUGACUUCGACUUGUAAUUGCCACUUUUGUUUUAAGGACAUUUUUAGUUUAUACUUAUAUUUUGAGGUUAAGGAAUCUUAAUCCUGUUUAUUUAUGAUAUUAAAAAAAAUUAAAGUAUAAAGGAAAUGCUGAAAUAUCCAUUACUGUAACUAUUCGGAUAGUCCCUGUUGCUCAGAUAAACUGAUUAGAAUCACAUUCGCAUUUACGAUGUAUAUCAUUUACAUUUUACAUGUUACAUUAGUAUAUAAAUAAAUGUAUUCCUAUCAUUGACCUCUUAUAGUAAAAGGAUGCACAAUCAUAUAGAAAUUUCACUUAAAAACUGGCCAAUUUUGCUUUGACAGUUAUAAUUAUUGGUAAAGAAAAUAAAUACAUAAGGCCUUUAAAUAUAGUUCAAUAUUCGAUAAAAUCCCAAACUCAGAGCAAAUUCAACCUUAAGGAUGGAGUUUAAGGUUGAAUUUGCAAAUGCGACUACUUGAAUUGAGUGCCAAGAAAUUGUGUUUGGCACUCAUUGAGUGGGGACGUUUUUUGGUCGCUGAUGGUGCAUCCACUUUUUAAUAGGAGAUCAAUGAUUUUUAUGCAUACAUCUAUCUAUACUUUUAUUAAAACUGUAGCAGGUCAAAUUCUGUACAUUGAAGAUAUUUUGGAAAUGUUUGUUGGGGGGGAAUUUUAUAUAAUCGAUACUGAAGUUAAAAAAAUUUUUUUUCGAUUUUUGUCUGUCUGUCCGUGUGUUUUUGUUUUGUUUGUUAAAAUUCAACCCCUAAAGUGGUGAAAUAGGGCUUGAAAGUUUACAUUGAUUUCCACGCGGACGAAGUCGCGGGCGUCCGCGAGUACUACACAAUUGCAUUUAUUCAAUUUGUAAGUCAUUGAGAUAUUCUCUUGUGCAUCAACAUAUUAGUAUCCACAGGAGUAUAGUGGCAUAGAAACAGGCAAGGUCUUCUCCUCCCGAGUGUCGGUUGGGGGGGGGGGGGGGGGCUCGAUGCUUGGCCUCCUUGCUCCCCCGGUCCACCCUUGCAAAAUGGCGACCGCCGCGACGUUAGAUGCAUUUUUGGCCACCGUGUCAGAAAAGAUUGUGGUUAGAUCCAAGCAAACAGAUCAUAUCAUUUAUAAAUCUCGUGUGUUAAUGUAAAUAACUUAGGACUGAAAAAAAAUAUCUAUAUUUUUUAUCAUACAUUAGUACCUACUAAUACUGUUAAAUAUCCUAGCUAUUGGGUAAGUAAGUAAAAUAUUUUAUAUCACAUUUGCUAGUAAAGUAUCGCUUAUUUCAUUAAUUUCAUUAUCGUAAUGUAUCUCAUUAAGCACAUGUGUCGUAAUGUAAAGUAAAAUGUACAUGUGCCGCAUUGUAAUAUAAAACCUUUGCCAUCUGUCUAAAAACGAACGGUACUUUUUUAAAAUCUUGGCAAAGGGUUUUUAUGUCAGAAAAGUGCUCAACAUUUUAUGAAUAAAAUUAACUGUGUGAGAUAAAAUAUAAUAAAAAGCCAUUUAAUUCUUUAAUUUUAAUGUAUUUGACAAUAAAUGUCAACCAUCUGUAUCAGAAAUACAAAAAAAAUAAUUUACUUUAUUAGUAUUAGUCUAAAAACGCUGGUGUGCGCACAUCGUUAUCUGUGCAAAAAUGACAAGCGUAUCGAAAUGUCAUCUUAAGGAAAACAAGCAAAUAUGUAAAUUCGUUUUCAGAAAGUGUGUUUCCUCGCAAAUGUGUUAUAAAACGUCGUAUGACAUACGUGCGCUUUGAUAAUUACAGCCUCUGCUUCCUUACUAUAGCUCUCGCCUUUGGCUCGAGCUGCAAUAUCGACUCGGCUGUGAUUUUCAACUUACCGCACUUAUAUCAUAAUAUAUUAUUAUCACCAGAACACAUUUAAUUACUGAUUUUACCCAACGUUUUAUAAUUUUGACUGGUAUGUUCAAUAAAUAGAUCUAAACAUUA